ACUAAAGUACUCUCUCACAGAAAUCCUCUCUAGUGGUGUUCCAAGAUGACUCGUCCACCAAUGACAUCAGGCGGGCGUUCUUAUGGGACAGGACCAACUACCCAACCCUCUGGUUCUCAAGCUGCUGGUGCCCAAAGACAUGUUGCAAACCAUGAACCAGUUGAGAAUAGGGAAGAAGUUGCACAUGUUCCUGUACAACGUGAUGUUCGUGUACUCCACCCAGCUAGACAAAAUGGAGCUAAAUGGUUCAAAAACAACACUGAAGUAUCAACUUGUGUUCGAAAGAUCAUUGAAGGUUGUUUUAGAGGACCAUGGUAUAGCUGGAAAAAAGUACCACCGUUUUAUAAAGAUGCAUGGUUUUCAACCUUUCAGACUAAAUUUGAGUGGGAUGCCUCAAUUGAAAAUCUUGUUAAAGAAAACUUUGAUCAACUUGCCGCUACCCGUCUCAAAGGAAUGGUUAGUCUCGCAAAGUCAAAUGGAGAAAAACCUGAUUGGAUUUUGUCUGAUUACUGGAGGGUAAUGUCUGAGUAUUGGAGAACAUCAAAGGCCAAAGAUAAAAGUGAGAAAGCACGCGCUUCUCGUCUAACUAGACGUGAUGGCUUAGGGUACACAGACACAGAGCAGGCUCACGUUCUUAUGCCAAAGUUCAGGAUGUUUUGGUAA